AGUAUUUAUUCUCAGAAAAUCAGUUGGUAGUUAUGCACAGCUGAAUAAUGGUGUGCAUUUUAGAAAUAUGAAAAAAAACAGUGUUACACAUUUCUCAACACAUUUCAUCGUGUAUUUAACAAUGGAAAUUGAAGUGAUUUUUUCAAUGCUUCAUUAGUGUUUAAAAAUUCAUUUAUGUGUGUGUAAAAUUUUUUUUCCUCUCACCAUUAAACUAGGAUGUUCCUAACAUGUUUAUAAACAUUUCGUUUAAGAAUUUUAUUAACUAUUUUCAUUUAAUAAAUAAUUUUCAACAAAUAUUCUAGAAUUUAAAAAAAAAGUUUUAACAUCAAAUAAGAAGAAAAAGACAAAAGAGAGUAUUGCAAAAUGGGACGAUACACAGGAAAGAAAUGCCGUCUUCUCACAAUGUUGUGGUUGACGACAUUCUUCUUUUUAGUAGAAAUAAUUGUAGGAUAUGUGACAAAUUCAAUGGCUUUAAUAGCUGAUAGUUUUCAUAUGUUAUCCGAUGUGGCUGCAUUAGUUGUUGCUUUUCUUUCUGUAAAGAUGUCACCAAAGAAAUGGUCGAAAAAUACCUUUGGAUGGGCCAGAGCGGAAGUUUUGGGAGCAUUAGUUAAUGCUGUAUUUCUAGUUGCUCUCUGUUUUAGUAUUACAGUUGAAGCAUGUAAAAGAUUUAUCGAAGUAGAAAAGAUUCAUCGAGCAGAAUUGCUGGUCGCUGUGGGGACACUUGGUUUGGUCGUGAACAUUGUUGGUCUUUGUUUAUUUGCAGAGCAUUCGAGUGGACAUGGACAUUCACAUGGUUUGUCCAGAAGUCAUAAUAGAUUAAGCACCCUUGUCAGUACAGAUGACAAUGAAAAUGAUGAGAACUUUCAGCACACGAAAUCUCCUAAAAAAAGAGCACAUGGUCAUUCUCAUGAUGCGAGUCAAAUGAAUAUGAGAGGAGUUUUCCUUCAUGUUCUUUCCGAUGCUCUUGGAUCUGUAAUCGUUAUUGUUUCAGCUCUCGUCGUAUGGCUCACGCAGUGGAGCUAUAGAUAUUAUAUGGAUCCUCUUUUGUCCUUAUUACUCGUCAUUCUUAUUCUAAAGUCCGUGUGGCCCCUGUUACAAGAAUCUGCGUUGAUUCUACUUCAAACGGUGCCUACACACAUUCAGGUUGACGCUAUACAGCAGCGAUUAUUAGAAAAUGUAGAUGGAGUGUUAGCUGUACAUGAAUUCCACGUGUGGCAAUUGGCUGGUGAUAGGAUCAUCGCUUCUGCUCACAUUCGUUGUCGUAAUCUUUCAGAGUAUAUGAAAAUUGCUGAGCAAGUGAAAGAAUUCUUUCACAAUGAGGGCAUUCAUUCAACUACAAUACAACCAGAAUUUAUAGAUUAUCAAAGUAAUAGUGAAAUAAAGGAAACUCCUACAGAAGACUGUGUUUUGGAUUGUCCGAAGACAGAUAAACCAUGCAAUCAUGCAACUUGUUGUGGUCCAUCGAAACAGGGUCGCGAAACACCUUCUCCAGUAGAGACGCCGUACAUGUGUAGGCAGCGGAAUAGUUUGGCACGCUCAACAACAUGCGUCGAUUCAACCGAACAACAAGAAGUCAAUGAAAUGGAACGUGGCCAUUUAUUAUCGCCACCAGCAAUUCAUCACUCCGUCCAGCUGCCUCAUCUUCCACUCCCGUCUGCGCCUCCUUUAACUUAAUAUUACCAUAUUGAUACUCUACCUCCACUACCGAAAUCUCGCGGACCAAAUCAGUUUUAUUUUUGCUACUUUUCAGAAUAAGCAUAUUAUCCUUUCAGAUGCUUUUUAUUAAAAAAAAAAAAAAAAAUUAUCAACAUUUUAAAAUUUACUUAAAAAAUUCACAAUGUGAUACGAGAUGUUUGUUGUACAUCACAUCACAAUUUGUGACGCGCUCCGAAGAAAGGUACCUAAGAAGCAAAUCAUUUUAAGGUUAUGUUUGUGUUACUUUUACUCUGUUUAAUUGUUUAAAACUAAAAUCAAUCAGUUUUUAUAAAUUAUUUUAAACGUAAUAAAAACUUAAACAUCAGUGGAUUGUAGUCAGAGUUGAUCAUCAUUUUGUGGAUUUUCAUUUAAAAAAUAACAAACAUAA